GGGCAGCUUCGCUUCAAACCCAUUGAAACGGAGGCAAAACGAGGCGGCUCUCUUUUCUAAGGGCAAGGGUGCGAAAGGGGAGUUGUCCUCGCCAUGUGAUCACCCCUCCUACCUACCCACCCACCCUCCGUGGAGCUCUGGAAAUACAUUUAACUGUAAGAGUAAUAUUAUUUGCAGCCGCUCUUGGCUUCCUCCGUGCUCUGCUUUUAACGAUUUUAAAUGCUAGGGUGAUGGUUUUGAAGGGCAGUCGGGAAAAGCAACCACCCGUGAGUAAACCUCUGGGAGAGGACGGCUUGCAACAGGCCGGGAGAAUGGUUGAAUGAGUGUAUGGGUGGGAGCUUUCCUCCCUUUGCUGGCUUCCCUCCAGCUUGCUAGCUACUCGGGGGAAUCCACACGUUCCCAGAGUCAGACAGUAAGUGUGAAUAAGGGAGACGUCACAGGUGGCCUAGCAAAAACCCUUCGCCAAUGGGAGGGCUUUGAAGGAAUUGCAGAGUUGGAAGGGACCUCAAGGGUCAUCCAGUCCAACCCCCCCCUGCAAUGCAGGAAUUUCAACUAGAUCAUCCAUGACAGACUGGCUGUCUGACCUAUGCUUUAAAAACCUCCAAGGAAGGAGAGUGCACCACCUCCCAAAGGAGACCAUUCUAUUGUCGAACAGCUCUUACUGUCAGAAAGUUCUUCCAGGUGUUUAGUCAGAAUCUCCUUUCUUGUAACUUGAAGCCAUCGGUUUAGAUCCUCGCUUCUGGAACAGGAGAAAAGAAGCUUGCUCCAUCUUCCACUUGACAGCCCUUCAGAUAUUUGAAGGUGGCUAUCAUAUCUCCUCUGCCAGGCUAAACAUACCCCGCUCCCUCAACUGUUCCUCAUAAGGCUUGUUUUCCAGACCCCUGAUCAUCUUGGUCACCCUCCUCUACGCAUGUUCUAGCUUGUCAACAUCCUUCUUAAAUUGUAGGGCACACAGAAUAGAGUGGGAUUAUUACUUCCCUUGUUCAGGGCACCAUACUUCAGUUGAUGUAGCCUAGAAUAGUAUUAGCUUUUUUUUUUGCUUCUUUCCUAGCCCCGGCCUGACCUAAAUUUCUCAGGUGUUCUGAUUUUGGCAUCAUGUUGUGCUUGCAGCUUAAGGAGGAAAUAAUGCACAUCUUGCAAUAUCCGCUUUCCUCUGUGCGAUGACUCCACAGGGAAAUACACCAUUAUUAUGAGUGGUUUCCAAUGCUAGCUCUACUCAGAGUAGGCCCAUUGACACUCAUAGACAUAAUUAAUUUAGGUUCAUUAAUUUCAGUGGGCAGGGCUGGCCUCUCUUGUUCCUUCCUCCUCUUCCUCCACAGCCUCCUCCACUCAUUCCAUUGCUAAUCUUCACUUCCCCCAUAAAAUCUUCACCUUUCCCUCUCACCCUAAAGCUGAUUUAUACUCUCCCCUCUCAUUUCAACUGGUGUGUGUGUGUAUGUGGUGAAGGAUUGUGUUGUUAGUGUCAGGUGCCAAAAUGUCUUGGGCCAGCCCUGUCAGUGGGUCUGCUGUGAGCAGGACUUACAACCCUUACAACCCUUUGGUUGUAAUCCCAUUCUUGCUAGGGAGUAAGACUCAUUGGGCACUUUUAAAAAGGCCUGUUUAGGUCUACAUUGCCUGUUGUUUAAAGACUUUCAGCAAGGCUUGCUACACUGCCCAUUUCCCUGAUGAGUUCUGUGGCUGUGUAGGGUUCUUCAAUGUGAUCUGUUUAUUGAGAAUCCACCCUGAUUUGCUGGCAGAAAGCUUACACAGAUGUCAUACUAUGACCAGUCUUUACUGUGUGCUUGUGGGGAGGCUAUAGAGCUAUGAGCAUUCAUCCUGAUUUGCUUGUGCAGUGGUUUGAUGUAUUUGCAUUAACCAGUUGUUUAUCCAACAGCAUUUAGUGCAUUUCCCCAUCUCUUUCCUAACAGCAAAAAGUAUUGUUGUUGUUGCAACAAUAGAGCACUUUGCUCCACUUUAAUUGCACAAACUCAGCUUUACAGUAUGUUAUUGACUCCCUCACACAAAACACUGAUAAUGUGGAGGCAGCCCUGGUCAUCCACACCUGUCAUAUGUGCCUAUGCAUUCCAUGUCAUUAAAAACAAACAACUUUACAUAUUUUGUAUGUGACACAUUUUUUGACAAGUUCCCAAAGAUUACAAAUAAACUGAUGUUGGCCAUAAUUCUAAAAUCGACUUGUAUUGGCACUGGUGGCAGAGUCCCCUUCAAAGUCUAAAUAAAUAAUAUCUUUUCUCAGAAUUAAGAUCUGUUUCUCUUGGUAUGGAAUAUACAGUAGCCAGCCAUGCCAAGAAAAUACCCCUGAAGGAUCAAAUAUAACAUUUUAAAUAUGAAUUGAUGGGAAAUAUUUAAUGGAUGCAGAUUUACUUAUUUGCCUAAAUAAUUUUUUUUGAGUACACAUACCGCCCCCAACUUCCAAAGAAAGGAUUGGUUUAACUCUGCUUACUUCAUUAUGGAUUUUCCCUCAAGGUUGUGUGCCUGUAUCUCAUUCCUGUAACAUAAAUUCACACAGGAAGAGCUUUUUCUGAGGCAGACAAUGGUAUACCAAAGCACUCCAUCCCCUUUUGUGCCCAUGCCUAGAUAUUCAGUAGAUGUUUUUGUAAAAAUAUUCAGCUUCAGUUUUCAGCACUAGAGUUACAGCAUCAAUUGCACUGAUGAAAAUCAUACCGUUGAAAGUAGCCUUCUGAUUUAGAAUAAUAUGAUAUGUGUCCUCGUUUACACCCUGGAAACAUACAUGUCUCCAUUCUUUUCACCAAGUAUUGUAAUUCUGCAGAGCUAAACUGCUCAUGCCAUGCGAGUUUGAUAGGCACAGACAUUGCAGAAUGAAGACACAGGGUUAUGAAAGCUUACCCAUCCAUAGACAAGCUGCUCUGAGCUUCACACAGCAGCCUGCAGAUAUACUAAUUCACCGUGGGUCUUUGAUAUGAUAAAUUAGUGUGAAGGAGAGGUGCCAGUCACCAGUCAUACUGCUGGCAUUUGCAAAACAGCAAUGGUAGAGCAUCACUCCCCGUGAUGUUCCCGAAUGUUUUGGGAGCACACGCAUCUCCCUCAUACUUUCCAUGAGAAUAAUAAUUAGGAUCCUGAUUAAUUAAUCAAUCAAUCAAUCAAUCAGAUUUAUUGAUUGAAGGCCUUUUGAUUGACUAAAAUGUAGCCCACCUAACCAGGACACAGAUGUUUCCUCUCCCUUAAUGUUAAUUAUUAAAUGUUCCUUUUUAAUAACUGUACAUGGCAGGCAUCAUUAUAGAUGAGUCUGUUCCCUUCCUUUAAAAGAUGCUUCUCACAAGAUGGUGUCUGCUACAACAGAUUUAUGUGGUAUCUGAAAACAAAGAGAGAGUGCUUUCUUAUCUCUGCAAAAUAAAUAUUUUAUGUACAUGCAAAUAUAUGCAGAUAUAAUCAGUUAAAAUUCAUACAGCCAGGGCUUCUUUUCAGCUGAAAGUAACCAGAACUCAGUUCCGGCACCUCUCAGGUAGGUGUCAUUGCCAUUCUAAGAGAACAAGGGAGGCAUUCAUGGUGAGUUCUGGCACCUUUCUUUCUAAAAUAACAGCACUGCACACAACUAAUAUAUUAAAACUGCAAUUCUGUAUUCACUUUCCUGAGAGUAAACCCUUUUGCCCUCAGUAGGACUUAGCUCUGAGCAGACUUGGUUAGGCUUGCACUGUAAGAUUUCUCUAAUCAGGUGACGACCUUUUAAAGAAAACAAUGUGAGCUAGAAUUAUUGAGGCAGCAUAUGAAGUGAUUUGAUUACUUGGAAAACAUGCUGUGUUGGCUAAGCCUGUGUAAUGCUCUCUCCUCAUGAAAUAUUGUGUGUUUCCCUUCCUCUUUUAAUCAGUAAUAAAAGUCCAUUUAAACUUAACAGGAGUAAGACUGCACUUUGAACCCUCAGCUGGUAGGAAGAUUCCAGAUAAAGAAUUCCUCACAUGCUGAAAAUGUCAGCAUUGUACAACUCUUGACAGGAUUUUCAGGGUCAGGAGAUGUCCUGUGAACUAUGUGGUCGCUUCGUGAAUGAGAUCUAGGCAAUAGCUCAUCCCAUUUCCACAGUUGAGACGUGAAAUUAAAGGAAGCUUGCAGGCAGUAUGCAUUGAUUUUGUUUUGUAAGGGAUGUUAGUUCUUCUGACCGAGUAACAAUUCUGCAUUUCUAUCCAGGAAACAACAUGAAGCCAGUAAUCGUGGUUCAUGGUGGAGCUGGUCGCAUCUUUAAAGAUAGAGAAGACGGAUGUCGUUCUGGUGUCACCAGAGCAGCGCUGAAAGGUUACGGUAUCCUUAAACAUGGAGGAAGUGCAUUAGAUGCAGUGGAAGAAGCUGUGGUAGUAAUGGAAGAGGAUCCACAUUUUAAUGCAGGUAAUUUUUGUGAACUUUCUGUGCCCCCACAGCCUUUGGCCUAGUUCCCAUGUCCCAAUGGAACUCAGCUUCUAACUAAGCCCUAGCACAGAUAACUGAAACAACCAUGUACUGCUUCUCUUUUCUCCACUGCCUCCCCUUUCUCUGCUGUUUAUCUGUUUCAGAUUUUAUACUUCAUGCACCUCAGGGCAGCAAACGGUUGUCUUAAAUAUAAAUAACAGAAGUUGUGCCUGUGCGUGAUGGAGCAGGGCUUUAUCAUCAGUUAUGGAAUUCCCUCUCCUGGGAAUUGUUGCCUUUUAGGAGCCAGUUCCAGACAUUUUUAUUCUCCCUGGCUUUUUAAAUAAAACGACAUUUUUAGAUCUGAUGGAAGAGGGAGUUAUAUUUUAAACACUGGAAGUGAGUCACCCAUUUGGCUGGUUUUGAAGAGAAUUUGGAAAGUGCUUUUUUAUUUUAAUUAUGAGGGUAUGCUUGGGGAUUAAUUAUGAAAUUGUAUUUUAUUGUAAUUUCUCAGUGUGAACCAUUUGGGGAUAUGUUUGCAUGAAGGGCAGUAUCACUGUGGAGAUGCAGCAGGUUGCUCACUAUGUGUACUUUCUGCAAACAAGACGUUUUUGUUUCAACAAUCUUUUUCAUCUGGAUGAAAAGGUCCCUGCCGUAGGUGUACAUUUUGUAUUCUUACUUAAACCCAUCUUCAAUUUUUGGUACUGUUUUAAAACUAUUUUUAUCUGUUUUCAUGGUAUGGUUGCAAAUCACCUUGAGACACAUGUAAAAGGAGAUUAAUAAAUUAAAUAAUAACAAUAAGAUGCAAUAGCUUUAGGAAAUGAAUAAAUUAAUAAGCAUCAGGUCUAAAGGGAAAUGUAUUGUACUUGUUCCACGUUUCAAGUUGAGAAUACCAUUUCUUACUUUGUGCCUGAAUGAAGUUUGGUAAACAGCAGGAAAUAUUUUAAAUUCAAUGUCUCCAGCAUGAUAAAACAGAUACAAUUUUGGCAGGAUAACUCCUCUCUAUGGAUUCUUCUCAUUUUUACAUUGACAAUUCCACUGGCUUGACUUGGUAAACCAGCAGCAUGGUAUUAAACAGCCUAACUGGAAUUUUCUUUAUGGAUCAGUGUGGCUCCCUUUGCUUUUUAUGAGAGGAAAAGGUAUUUAUGUGCCAGUGAUUCUCAAAACAUGGCUUAGAGAGCCUCAUUCAUUGUGGGGAAGGGGUUUUUGUUGUCGGUAUCCCUUUCCACUCUCUGCUGCCUAUUAACCAAAGUUACAGACAAGAGAGGGCUGAUCACCGAAGAAUUGAUGCUUUUGAAUUAUGGUGCUGGAGGAGACUCUUGAGAGUCCUAUGGACUGCAAGAAGAUCAAACCUAUCCAUUCUUCAGGAAAUCAGCCCUGAGUGGUCACUGGAAGGACAGAUUGUGAAGCUGAGGCUCCAAUAAUUUGGCCACCUCAUGAGAAGAGAAGACUCCCUGGAAAAGACCCUGAUGUUGGGAAAGAUGGAGGGCACAAGGAGAAGGGGACGACAGAGGAUGAGAUGGUUGGACAGUGUUCUUGAAGCUACCAGCAUGAGUUUGACCAAACUGCAGGAGGCAGUGGAGGACAGGAGUGCCUGGAGUGUUCUGGUCCAUGGGGUCAUGAAGAGUCGGACACAACUAAACGACUAAACAACAACAACAGACAAGAGAUCAGUGCCAGGCCACAGUACAAGUGCCACAGAGCUGGAGGUAUGGAAGAGCUGAGUGACACCACAACCGACCACUCAACUGUCUGCGCGGCCUCCAGCUCUGUGGCACUUGUACUGUGGCCUGUUUCCCAGAGCAAUUCAGUUACUUAAGACAGAAGUAAAAAAAGAAGGCUGGGAGAGUCCAGACCAAUGUAUUCAACUUUGUGAACGAAUUGUGCCAUUUUGAAGUGAGACUGCUUUAUUCUUUGAGAACCAGAACUAGAUGAAUUACUUAUGUGGUUUAGGAUUGCAGUCAUUAUUGCACAUAAGUUAAAAGCAACCCCUCUCCCCAAUUUUUGAAGGAGAGGGGGAUGGAUGAUGUUGACUAUGAAGAGCUGCUAUUAAGCCAUCACAAAUCCCUGAUAACCUUUCUGAGAUAAUCUGAGUUAUCAUCAGUCGAUGACAACUUUGACAUUUAGCAAGCUUAUAAAAAUGUAGCGUUUGUGUAAGACUCUCUCUCUAUUUUUUUGCAAGAUCCUUCCAUUCUAAAAUUAGCAAAGCUUUUGUUUGAGAAUACUUCCUCUUUAUUCAGAAAAAUUCAGUAUUUUGGUACCUUGUUAGUAAAAGUACUUCGUAUUUCCACUGGUGCUUUUGCGAGGGAAAUAGCUAGUAUGUUGGCCUGUAGUUGUGAUAGCCAAGCAACCAGGUCGUUAAAUUUUGGCUACCCCCGAUGUACAAGGUAUUUAGUUCUGUAGUCACUCAUAUCUACAUGUGUUAAGACUCAUAAAAUAUAUGGAGAAAAUGAGCUGUGCAAAAAAGAUUGGAGUUGAAACAUACCAUGCAGCUGUUAUCUUCAUAAAGGACAAAGCAGCCCUACUGUCAUGUUGGGUGAAUGUGAUGUUGCAGGAGCACAUUGACAACAUUAGUAGAGCAUGGAGGGGUUGAGGAAUGGCUACUUUGUCCAUUGCUCUUGGAAAAUGUGCCAAAAGGGUGUUAUCCUUUCUGAUUACCCUUAGAAACCUGGAAGUGAGCCACAGUGUUCUAGAAAACACUCUUCAUCCCACUUGCAAACAGGGCAAUUAGGAAACAAUAAGACAGAGCCAGUCUUGCUUAUUUAUUAUUUAUUAUGUAUUUUGUGUUUUUAUCUUUUAUUUUUAUGCUGUCAAUUGUCCCAAGAUCUACGGAUGAAGGGCAGUAUGCAAAUAAAAUAAAAUAAAAUAAAUAAAUAAAUAAAUAGGGGCGCUGGCACCAGGUGGAGAUUUUUAGGUGCCAUUAAAGGGCAGCAAGUACCCCUCUUUUCUUAAAAUGCAGGCACAGGGUAUCAUUUGGAAUUUCUUCCUUGGGCAGCACCAUUGCACCAAAUCAUCCUAAACCACAGCAUCAUAGAGUUGGAAGGGACCCUAAGGGUCAUCUACUGCAUUUGAGAUAUAGCUUACUGAGCAACUAAACACACUCUAACUUAGCACUGCAAUUUAGGAACUCAGGCUGAUGGCUUGAUUUAAAGAAAGCAAAAAUGGAAAGGUUUUGCAUUUGUGAGGCUUUGCUAUAGCUGUAUGUAUACCAUGUAGUGACAUUAUUUAUUUUAGCACCUCGUAGGAGAGAAUUCAUGGUUGGUAGGUAGGUGGCAACAAAAAUCUGCUUUAUUGUAACCCACAUUUUUAGUGUGUUUUAAGAAUCCACAAUUGUUCACCUUCGUUUCAUUUGACUCAAGUUCUGAACCUUCAGGACUGUUCAGGCUAUGCUAGAAAUUUGUGGACUGUAUAUUUAAAGAUUCCAAAUUAUUGUUGUUGUUAUUAGAUUUCUCACACACCCUUCACCAUGAUGUCCCAGGGUGGGUUACAACAACCUUUUAAAAAAAACUAGUGUUGAGAAUAAAGUGACAGUCAAGAGAAUUGGGUGAGUCUUAAAAUAUAUAUGAGUUGUCAAAGCUCAGGGUAAAGAGGUUCAUCUUCAGUUUAUGAUGAAAACUGCAAAAUGAAGGUGCCAGAUUCAUCUCUGUGAGGAGGCUCUCAAAGUAAGAACAUGAGAAACUAUCACUCAAUACAGUGCUCCAUUAUUCCCCAUCUACUUAUGCACUUAUAGUUGUUUCCCUCAUAUAGUAGUAAUACUUAAUGUAUUCCCCCCCCCCCCCCGUUUGAUUGUUAGGUCGUGGCUCUGUGUUAAAUGAGAAGGGUGAAGUGGAAAUGGAUGCCAUUAUCAUGGAUGGGAAAAAUCUAGCCUCCGGAGCAGUAUCUGCAGUGAAAUGUAUAGCCAAUCCAAUAAAGCUCGCUCGCCUUGUCAUGGAAAAGGUAGGCUGAAUGUGCACUUGAACAAAAGAAAAAUAUGAUAGGGAUGGAAAACCAGAGGCCUUCCAAAGGAUUUUGGAUUCCCACCUGCCCCAGCUGGCAUGACCAAUCAUCAAGAAUGAUUGAAAGUGGUGUUUGUUUGUUUUUAAUAUAGGAAAAUAUCUGGGUUCGACAGACACUCCUUCAGACUGUGUGAUCACCUUUCAAUCUUUUUCUUUUUGGAGAAGAGGUUCUGACAGACCAUAAUGUGUGUUCUGUUGCCAACCUUUUUCCCUCCUCAAAAACAGCAAUUGUGGACCAAGCCUUUUUAAACCCACCAUGCCUAUUCGCUACAUCAUUCUACAGUUUAUGUUUUAAUUCCAGUACUUCAUUGUUCAAUGAUAUCACUGCAUUACUGAUUUUAAAAUGUCAGAAGGGACAAGUUGCACCAAGGUUUCACUUUGUGAAAAAGAAAAAAAACAGUGUUUGCAGGGUUCUCUCAGGGGAAUUUCGAAUCCUUGAGAUCCCCCAGUUCGAACUAUGUUCUAUUUUGACAACAACAACCCCCCCAACACUUCAUGGUCUUAUUUACCUGUUUUCUGAUUAUAGUCGUGGCUGGACGUUUUUAGAAUUUUCCUAAUUUUUGCAUCCUUGGCUUUCUAGUCCUGACUUUAGAGAGCCAGUUGGUCAACAGCUGCAGAAGAGGCAGAUCUACUCUGUGGCAGGGAAGGGAAGAAAGAAGCUGAAAAGGCACUGAUUAGGCAGGCAUUUAGCAAGCACCAUUGAAACCCAAAGGCUGACAUACCAAGGCUCAUUUUGAAUGACCCUCAUAUUUAUUUUGAGGGAUCUAAGGUCCUGGCCACAUUCAGCAGUUCAUCACAAGCUGUCUUUAAGAAGCUCAGAUGUGAAAGAGCUUUUUGCACCUGCACACAGCCACUUCACCCACCCCUUCGUGUGUGAGCAGGGAAACAAAUCAGGAGCCCACGUUUCCUGUUAUGUCUGCAUCAGGAAACUAUGGUUAAUUCCAGGCUAUGAAACCAUGGUUUGUAUCCUUGCUUGUUCAGAAGCCAGAACACUUUCCUUUGCUGAAGUUGUGUUUCUCACCUGUGACUAGAAAAUGGGAAUCUGCCUUUCUCUGUGAUAUGUAUCUUGAUCACUGACACAUCAUUAGCCAGUGCUGAUCUUUCUUGCCAUGGUGCACAUGAAGAAGCAAGUAAGAGGCAACAUGAUAGUAAUGUACAAAAUUAUUCAUGGUAUGGAAUAAGUGAAUAGGUAAGUCUUCCUCUCAUAAUUAUAGUUUUGGUGGUGGUGGUGGAGGUCUGUUUUAUGUUUGAACUGGGUAAAAAAAACAAGAUACUUUACACCCCGCCAGGAACACUCCAAACUUCAAUAUUUUGUUGCAAACCCCCAUUGUGAAUACAUAUUAUGCCAUUUCUUUUCAUGCAGCCUGGUAAGGCAAAAUGCAUUUUCCCCAUGCGUGACCAUUUCUUUAUAAACUUAGGGAAACUUCCUUAAGCCUUGAAACUAAUCAGAAAUUUAAAUGCAAAUAUAUAAUCAAAGAAUAUCAGGUUAGGAAUUUUUUUGUUUCAGGUCCUCUUUGGCCCUUUUGAAAUUUACCAUUCUGAACAAGCAAAAUAAAUACUUGGUUAUCUUUCCGUGGCACAAUAUUGGCUCCAUCUGGUGGCCAAAGCGUGUUUCUUUGGAUUUUGUCUAGCAACACCCAUGAGCUUAGCCUAUUAAAUAGUCUAUUGAGAUACAUUUCAUUAGGCUGGGCAGACUAUUUCCUUUCACAAGUGAAUAAUUCCUCAGAAGUACAGAUCUCUUAAAUGAUUGCUUUUGGAGCUUUACCAAAAUUUGUGGUGUACUUUUCUUAUUUGCGGCAGGAGAGGAAAUAAUUACUUGAGAAUAUGUCCCAGGAGAGUAGCUGGAUUAGUUCUUUUAGCAACAAAAAGUCAGUGCACUUUGGCAUCUUGGAGACUAGCUAGAUUAUCAGGUAUGAGCUUUCACCAACAAUAGUUCAUUUGGGCAGCAAAGUCCUGUAUAUGCAUAAUAUUUGGUGUAGAUUUAUUUAUUCUGAUCAAUAACCAGUUGGGAUAAUCUUUGAUUUAGCCCCACUGAAUACAUUGGAAUUUGCUUCUGAAAAGGCAGGGCAAGCAUAAGGGAAAGGGAAAGGGAACCCCUGAGCCUUAGGUCUAGUCAUGGACGACUCUAGGGUUGCAACACUCAUCUCGCUUUACUGGCCGAGGGAGCCGGCGUACAGCUUCCGGGUCAUGUGGCCAGCAUGACUAAGCCGCUUCUGGUGAACUGGAGCAGCGCACGGAAAUACCGUUUACCUUCCCGCCGGAGGCAGGGCAAGCCUAGAAUUGCACUUUUACCAGAUUCAAGAAUGAGUUUUUGAAUGUAUAGGCUGAAAAUUAAGGUCACAUCCAUUUCAUUGGCUGUUUAUGCAGGAAAAGCUCCCAGUACAAGUUUACGCCCUGUAUUAACAAGGUGAGAACUAAAAAAAAUAGAACAGACUAUGAUUUUUAUAGAUUUUAUCUGUGGGCUGUUGGGCUGCUAAAUGGAAAAAAAUAGUAGUGCAAUUGACUUCCGACAAGCCCUCAGAGCACGAAUAAGACUUGAAUGUAUGGGGAGGGGGCUCGUUUAAUUUCACUGCACACAGGCGGUGUAGUGACAAUAAAUGUUUGUUUGUUUGUUUGUUUGUUUGAUUGAUUGAUGGAACACUGAAAAUACCAUGGAAAAAUAUGAUGCAGUUGUGUGUGACAUCUGAAUGGUAAACAAGCAAUCCUGUCUUGAGCUGCCUGCUAGUCCUUAUACUAAAUAAAUUAGUUAUUGCUUCCCCAAUGAACAUCAGAUGAUAUUCUAGCUUUUUGGCAAAUUUCUUAGAAGGCUCCAAUCUAGAACAGGUUUGUUGUACUCGGGCUGCACUGAAAUGAAUAUGACAAGUUGGUGCUUCAGAUUAACUUAGGUACCAUUAAUUUUAAUGGGUUGAUGCAUGAUUUCUUCAGAUGAGGGUCGUAAUGUAUCCAUUUGAAAGUCGACGGGAACUGUAAUUAGCAUGAACUGUGGUUACGGAUGAAUGUUUGGUAAGCAAAUAAAAGGGAUUUCCAGCGGCACAUUCACACUACUCUAAAAGCCAAUUCCAGGCAUUUGAAAAAGUGCCAGAUAUAAAUCUCUAAAGUGUGGGGUGCAAUCCACUGGGAGCAGUCAAAUACAACAUUCCUUGUUUUGCUAGAGUGGACAUGCAAGGGAAUGUUUGGUCCUCCAGCCAGUCGAAACUUCCUGUUCUUCCUGGCCUGUAGCCUCCUUCCUUGCAUGUGACUAGUGGGAUGGGUGUGACCUUCCUUUCCAGACCUGGUGAAAGGCCAAUGCAUGCUGCCACUCUCUCUUUUCCAUCUUCUUUUCUUCCUUUGAACUUCCUGGAAUGAACUGCUGGCUGCCAGCCACGCAGUCCCCCGGGUCAUCUCCCUUAUGGCAUAAACCUGUUAGUAUAAGCUUGUAACUUUAAACCUAAAGCCUGUCUUCAGGGAUCACACUUUGCUCUGCCUGAUCGUGAGUAAACUUCCUUUUUAUUGCUUAUGAAUAAGACUGUGGUGUCUUUAUUCUUUUAGGAGGGAUUCAAGGGGUCUUACCAGGAAAAUAUUAGAACACAUUUCAAUCUGGACAAGCCAGAUGGAAUUACAUAUUGUCUUAAGAAACUCACACGAGUUUGCAGCUAGUUUUCUGCGUUAAAGGGGAAUGUAAACUCUGCUAAGUAAAGGAACUUGCUAGCGCAAGUUAGGAAGGAUAUUAAUAAACAAUAUAUCCUCUCCUGCCACCCUGAACAUUCACACAUAAAGAAAUAGCAUUGUCCCUUAAUAUCUAUUUUUAUAGUACUACCGGUUACCUUUAGAUCAUUUGUGAUAUUAGCCAGGAAUGAAGAGAAAGGGCUGUAGUUCAGUGGCAAAGCACAUGUGUUGCAAUUAAAUGGUUCCAUGUUCAAAUCCUGAUAUCUUCUCUCCAGGAAAUAUUCCUGUUUGAAACACGGGAGAACCACUGCUAGCGUAGAACACUGGCUGGGACUGAUGGGAGUUGGAAGCCCACAACCUCCCUUAUUUCUAGAGCAGACAAUACUGGAGAAAAUGGACAAAUGGUCUAACUCAUUGUAAGGCAUCUUCCUAUGUUCUAGCUAUGGGAUUGGCCCUCUGAGCUAAGAUUACAGUGGUACCUCAGGUUAAGAACUUAAUUCGUUCUGAAGGUCCAUUCUUAACCUGAAACUGUUCUUAACCUGAGGUACUACUUUAGCUAAUGGGGCCUCCCACUGCCGCCGCACUGCUGCUGCUCAAUUUCUGUUCUCAUCCUGAAGCAAAGUUCUUAACACGAGGUACUAUUUCUGAGUUAGCAGAGUCUGUAACCUGAAGCAUCUGUAAUCUGAAGCGUCUGUAACCCGAGGUACCACUGUAUGUGUCAUUUCCUGUCAAUACACUUUCAGUGGUUUGUUUGUGUGCUAAAUAUCUCCACUCUAUGCAGUUUCUAGUGUUGAGUUUCAGGUAGGGGUGUGUGUGUGUGUGUGUGUGUGUGUGUGGUAAAUUUGGGAAAGGGGAAACUGAUAUAACCUAAAGUCAGUGUGAUUUAGGUACGCAUAAUAAGAUAUAGGACUAGAUUUUCUCGAAAUUACUUUCACUAAUAAAAUAAAUGAUUUUAAAAAGAAUUGUCAUGAUUCUAGCACAAAAGGUAAAGUGUGUGAAUUUGUAUGAUUUUUUUUAAAGAAUAAGUAGCAAAGUGCAUUCACAGAGCCUAUUCCUCUUUAUAAUAUCUAUUGUCUCCUCUAUUGAUAUUGUUUUGUGGUGGUAUUUUAUGUAUUGCAUCUAAGACUGCAACCCUAUUUACGCUAACCUGAGUUCAACAGUAAGUCCUGUUGAACGUAGUGUGGUUUACUUUUGAGUAAAUAUGCAAAAGCUACAGAUACUGUUGGUACUUUUUUUUGUUUUACGAAAGCAGAAGAGGGCAGUAUUACACAAAGCAAAUGUUCAAAACAAAAAAAGAAAGAAAGAAAAGAGCUGGAACAUUUCAGUCAUGUAAGAGUAAACUGACACCAUUGUCCUGCUUUGCAAAUGAUAAUAUAUGAUCCAAGCACAGGUAUGCAUCGCCUGACUAUUUGUAUUGUCCUUUGUUGGAGACUGGAAACUCUUCCUUGUUCAUACUUCCGAGAGAGGAAAAUUCUCCUGAGUGUUUCUUGUCUCAGAAAUAACGAGAUACUUUUGCUCAUUUGACACCAGAGAAUUGGUCAUCAUGUGGGAAACUAUAGUAACAGAGUAAUGCAUCCACAUAUGUAGCUGGCUCCAUGGUACUGUUCUCUGUAUGUAAAUCUCCAACCUGCCUACUUUGUCAAGAGGUUCACUAGUCGCAACAAAACCAGGAACUAGGGUGCAACCUGUAGCAGUUGAUGCGAUCUCCUUAUGAAAUUGCCAUCAGCGGAUCAUGUGGAGCGCAUGGGUGCACAUUAAUAUAACACCAUGUGACAGAAGCCGAGCAAAUGAAAGGCAGCACUUCUGCGUGCCUAAAAAGUAGCUGUUUUAUUUCAUAUCCAAGUGUGGCUUCUUGCAUAUGCCCUGAAAUUGACCGUAGCUUGAUAACAGGGGGCAGCUUCCUCUGACAAUUAGCUUGUCCCCUCCACCUCCUUUUCUUCCUUCCUCACAAUCACACAGAAACACACUUUGCCCCUUUUGUGCCUUUGCAUCCCUCCCCCACUAGAACUGAAGAAGGAAGACAGAAUCAUUUUGCUACACAGUUCCAGCCCUAUUGUUAGGCAGAAUGAAGUGACCACCUCAGGUAGCAAAUGCUUAGGGGCGGAGAAGGGUUAUGUGCGGCAGGAGGACAAAGCUUUUUAGGUUACUCAGCCUACCCUGUGUAAACCUACUGCCGUCAAAUGUGUUGUCUCCCUGCCAGUACUGAAGUAAAAUUCAAGCGCCAAUUCAGUUGGCCCUUGUAUAUGGAAUGGUGGUGGUGUCACCCUCUCCUUUGCCUCAGGCAGAAAAAUGGAUUGGGUUGGCCCUGUUAAUACAUCAAGGGCAGUAUCUUUCAGGGGUCAGAUCCUGGUCUCUUCUAUAUGCGAAGCCUUGCACAAUUGCAAAGAUAGUUAUUCUGAAAUGAGCAGUGGAUGUAGAUUUCUUUAUUAAAAUGUACAUUUCAUUAUGUCCUUAGCCUCUUGGCAGUGUACACUUUGAAAAACACAAUAUACAUAUUCUAAAAAUAUAUCUGUACUGCUAAGAUUACAUAAGAUUUAUCCUUGGCUUUGUUCUUCUACUUCAUUCAAACCUUCUCUAGUCAUUUAAAAGCCAGUGUGUGUGUGGGGGGGAGGUUAUUUCAUUUCAUUUCAUUUAUUAUAUUUCUAUGUCACUCUUCACUUGCAUGAGUCACAAAGUGGCUUUCAUACAAUAAAUAAUAUCACUGAACAUCACAAUUGCAACAUAAAUCAUAUAAAAUAAUUAACAAAUCAUCAGUAAAACAACCACCUUCUGUAAAACACUAUAAAACAGAACAACUUAAAAAAUAUGGUAAACAGCACAACCACAAAAAAGUCAUGUUAUAAAAUUCACAAAGCAUUACAGCACUCAUAAUCCACAAAGCAACAUUAACAACAUUAACAAACAACCAAAGCAAAUUAAGCACUGUCGAAUUCACACACAUGCUUUCCCCAUCCCCAUGACUCAUAGUCUUCUACUCAUUUCAUCAAAUGUCCACAGCAGCAACAUGCUUGUCCAGCUAUUUUGUUGAGUAGCUUCUUAUUAUAUCUUAUCUCCUUCAGACAGACCACAUGUUGUUGACGGACCAGGGCGCCUCUGCCUUUGCUAGAGGCAUGGGAGUUCCUGAGGUUCCUGGAGAGAAACUGAUCACAGAAAGGUCACUGGAGAGAUGGAAGAAAAACCUUGAGGCUGAUUCGAACCCUCAACAGUUUCAAAAGCAAGUAUAAAAUGUUGGGUGUUGGGGGCAAAAUCCUGACCACAUGAACAAAUGAAAUUAAAACAUGAGGCUUCUCACGUUUCUCCUCCAACAUUUCUCCAAUGAAAAUAGGGACACCCCAUUCCAUAAUGAUAAUUUUACUGUUUAUACCUCAUCCCAGCCACACUGGGCAGCUUCUAACAUAUAUAAAAACAUAAUAAAACAUUAAGCAUUUUUAAAAAAAACCCCUUCUCUAUACAGGAUUGCCUUCAGACGGCUUGGGUGUCAGAUAACUGCACACCUUCCUACAUUUUCCCAGUGAAAAUAGAGACAUCCUACCAUACCCUCCAACAUUUCUCCAAUGAAAAUAGGGACACCCUAAGGAAAAGUGGGACAUUCCAGGAUCAAAUCAGAAACCAGGAUGGCUUCUGUAAAUCAGGGACGUCCCUGGAAAAUAGAGACACUUGGAGGGUCUGUACUCAAGAUGGCAAUAUGCAAUCUUCAGAUUCCAAGGCAGGAUACUUCUGGAUACCAGCUGCUGGGGAGCAGUAGUGGGGACUGGACUCAUUUCCUGCUCGUGAGUUUUCCAGAAACUUCUGACUGGACUAGAAAAGGGGUUGGUCAAAUCCAGCAGUACUGCUUAAAGUUCUCAUAAUAUACCCCCCUAUGCUGGUCAAACCUCUGCAAAACAUCCAUUAUGAUUUUACCUGUAGACAUGCAGCUUGUGAAAUUUGGCCUUCCCAAGGAUGCAUGCCCACCAGCUGUUCACUGCCUCUCUGGAUUUGCUGCGCCCAGCCCGUAUUCCCGUAGGCCACAAUCCUAUGCGUACUUACCUGGUAGUAAAAGCCUCAUUGAACUCAACCUGCAGUCUUAAUUUUUUGCUGGGAGCAGGGGAGGCAGCGCUGCAUCUGAAGCCCUGAUCUACUGAUUAAUUGAGGGUGGGGGAUUCUUUCAAUUGCACAGAAGUGCUUUAGGUUAUUCGGUCACAUCAAUUGUUCAAUUGAAUGGUCUCCACUUUCUUUUAUACUUGAAAAAGACUGGUCUUUCAGCAGAUUAAGUGCAAACUCAGAAGUGCAUUAACUCCCAAUACAGUUUUUUAUUUUUAUGAAUUCUUUGGACUGAAGAUUUCCGUUGAUUUUUCUUAAUACUUGGGGAAAUGCUACCUGUGAGACGCUAUGUUCUUUUGGCAAAUGCUCUCCAGUCUUCAGCUAAUUGUUUGAAAUGCUAUUUUUGGCAGAGACCUUGGAACAGUUGGAGCCGUUGCUAUCGACAGUGCAGGAAAUGUUGCUUGUGCAACAUCAACAGGGGGACUCACGAACAAACGCGUCGGCCGCGUUGGUGAUACAGCGUGUAUAGGUAGGGGAGUGUGAUAAAUGGAAGAAGAGCCAGGCCUUCCUUCCUUCCUUCCCUCUCUUUCUCAUAUAAUAUGUAUGAUAUCAGUCAAAUGCAUGAUAGCCAAGGCUAUCAAAUGCAUGAUAACCAAGGUUCUAAAGAACCAGUAUGACGGCUUGCCGUUCCUAUGGCAGCAAUUCCUGCUGCCAAAGAGGCAAGCCACUUUUUAAAAAAGGAACAGUGAAAGUGGGAAGUGCUGGUGCAGAAACAGCAAGCAAAGUAUCGGGCUUGCAGUGACACCCAACACUUGCAUGCACAUACAAACCCGAGUUUAGUGAACGGUAUGUUUUCCUGAGAUGAUGACUGUGUAACUUUUACAUCCUGUGCAAUAUACUUAUACAGUAUAUAAGAUGGGUAGGAAGUGGAAAGAGCAGGAUUUGGAGAUUGCUUGGUUGAAUACACUGUGUUUCUCUUGUAGAAACAGGCUUACAGUAGUUCUUGGGUGAGGAAGCAGCAAGGGGUGUUAAAAGGAGCCCAGAGUAUACAGUGGUACCUCGGGUUACAGACGCUUCAGGUUACAGACUCCGCUAACUCAGAAAUAGUACCUCGGGUUAAGAACUUUACUUCAGGAUGAGAACAGAAAUUGUGUGGUGGCAGUGGGAGGCCCCAUUAGCUAAAGUGGUACCUCAGGUUAAGAACAGUUUCAGGUUAAGAACAGACCUCUGGAAUGAAUUAAGUUCUUAACCUGAGGUACCACUGUAUUUAUAGACACAUAAGGAAAUUUGCACUGAGAACCUUCACUUCCUGCCUCCACUUGAAAUUCCAGGAAGAAAUCUAUUUAUCAAUUCAUAGACUUUGAAGGGGGGAAAAACAUUGCUUUUGUUUUAAAUUCUACUGACAUUCAGGCCACCAGCAAUAAUUACUUGUAGAUUGAGAACCAGUGUAAACUUAGCAUGCAGAUUCAACGAUGGCUUAUUAGCAAAUAUAUCAUCUGUUUACUAUGCAGCUGAUCUAAACUUUAGUUUUGCAAUUUGCAAGCUGAAAGUCAAUAAUGUGUGUGUAAAAUACUUCUCCCCAAUACCACCAAAUAACAGGUCUUUGCUUAACUUUAGUAAAUUUUCGUUCAUUUUGUUUAGACUGCGUUUUGUUUAAACAAGGAGGCAUAUAUGUUGGGUCUGGAGAAAGGACAAUUUAAAAAGCAGAUGGUUGUCCAGAGUGCAGCACUCCUGAGAUAUUAGGAGCACCAUGUUAACAUUGUUCAGUCAUUAGCAUUCUCCUGUUAGAAGAUUUUGCUUGGUAGUUCAGUGUAAGUAGGCAACCCUCAAUAGAGUGGUGUAACAUCUUUCAAACACCAUCCCUUCUUGAUAUGUUUUGAAGAUUCCCCCAAAUGUUUAAUAGCUCCAUUAGCUAUUGCAAGAGAGGAAACAAUUCUCUAGAUAUCCAUCCACAAGAAACAUCUUAAGAGUUUAUUCAUAUUUUUCUGCCUUGUCAUCACUAGGUCUACCACUUGACCAGCAAAUCAGUGUGCCAGUUCCAACAAUUCCAGCGUGGUUAUAUCUGAAAUGAUAUUCUGCUUAGUUGAGGUUCCAAUUGGCUGCAGUGAUGCCUGUUGUGGCUUACUUUCAUGAACUAACUCAUCAGUGUAGCAAGUAACCUUACCAGUGCUGCUAGCCACAGGGUGGUACCACACUGAUGACGUGUACUUACCACACUAUCCCCUCAGCCCUCAUAGAAAGUUCAUCUGAACACUAGUGGAACUAUGGUGGUACCUUGACCAUCUGGAAGAGAUUUUUUGGUGGUCAAGUUACCCAGCAGUAAUUUGACUUCAGGAGUAAUUGACACUUAAUCCUUACCAAUUAACAUUGUAUUAUUGAAGUGCAAAUGAACCCUUGCUCCAUAUUAUUACCGUAGUUAAUUCCAUUGAUGUAGACCAGGGAUGUCCAAGAGGUUGAUCACGAUCUACUGGUAGAUCCCCAUGAGGUUUUGGUAGAUGGCAGUUGAUUGCUGGGUCCCUUUACUUAGCGUUGGUAAAAUAGAUUCCAGCCCUGCUCCCUCGCCCUGGCCUCCAUUGUUGCACGAUUUGCAGAACGGAAGAUGGAGUUUACUUAGUGAGGCUGUUUGUUUCUGCAGCAAUCUGUUGUUGAGUGGCUGUUCCCUUUCUCCCUUGAGCUUAGACAUUCCUUUUUUUUUAAAGGGGUAGAUCCCUGCCAGUUUUUAAUUCUGUGAGUAAAUCGCAGUCUCUUGGGAGUUGGCCACCCCUGAUGUAUUGUAGACACAAAGUGUACGCCACUUGGGUUCUUCUGGUUCACAUAAGAUGGGUUGCUUUUGUAACAGGCUUAUGUGCAAUUGGAUAUAUCCUUGUAGUUGAUUUGAGAUGUUGAGUACUGUAAAUGCAAGUCCUUGACUUUUUACUUUUUGCUCUUUGAUCAGGAAGUGGAGGUUAUGCAGAUAACAAUGUUGGUGCCGCUUCUACUACAGGCCACGGAGAGAGCAUUAUGAAAGUGGUUUUGGCAAGACUUAUCUUGUAUCACAUGGAAAAAGGUAACGACAAAGGUUGCAAAGAGCACAGAACUGCUACUGUAUUCCUGACAGACGUUGGUGGGAGUAGGUUGUGGUCCAUUAGUUAAAAGUUGAGGAUGCAUACCGAGAAAGUUAUUUGAAUAGUAGUCAAAUGUUGUGAUCGGUGGGGGGUUGUGUCCAGAUAAUUUAAACAAUGAACCUUCUGCAGGCUCAAUUUGUGCUACUCCUGAUUCAGUGGCACUGGAGCAAUAUUGUGCUGGUGGGCAAUGAAUAACAAACAAAAAUUAUUUCAUAGUUGCCUGCAACAAAGUGUUGAUUGCUUUGAAAAGCUCAAGUACAAAAAAACUAUGGCAUCUUAGCGGUUGCAUACCAAAAACAAUAGGCUUUUAACUGUUGAAGGGAGUGGGUUGUUGCUGAUUAAUCUUAUAAAACCCUUUAAAGCACCACCAGUUUCUCUAACUUCUAUGUUAAAAAGGAAGCCAUGUGAAUGAAAAUAAGUAGGCUGGUCUAUGUAUUGAUUUGUGUAUAUUAAGUAAAAGUGUGACUAUGGUAAAUAGCUGGCAACAAGGUGUUCAUGUGGCUGUAAUAUAAUCAGGCUAUGGAUGACUCUAGAGAGCUUUGCCUUCUAUGUUAUCCAAACUCUCGAUUUAUAUUACAGCCGGUAAACAUAAUCAGCUGACCUACUUCUCCUGAAUACACUUACAGUUGCCAGCGUGACCAGACCACCUUCUUUAUUCUAAGCUGUAGUUGCAGACUGCAGAUCGGUAGGAUCGUCAUUUAACUUCUGACACAAAACUUCAAAGAAUUUUAGAGUCAUAUAUGCAGAGGAACUGUUAAAUGGAAAAGGUGGAAAUUCCAUUAGCAUUGUAUAAAAUAAGUUCCAGGGAGGUUAUCUGCAAAUCUCAGGUGUGUAAAUGUCAUGGCAUAGGGAUCUUUCACCUCUAUUUCAGCAUCCUUAACAAAUGGCUUGUCACUCUGACUUAAUCUACUGAUAGAAAGAGUUACUGUAUGAAUCUGGUUUUUGGGUCAAAUGCACCCCAAGACAUUAAGACAUUAAGCCAACACCAUUUUCAAGUAAGGAAUCGUGUCUUUAUUGAGAUACUUCACUUUUCCAGCUGAACACUAGUUGCAAAGAAAUCACCAGGGCCAACAAUAUCCAAUAAUAUAAAGGACAAGCAUCUACAAAAAUCGUAUGUGGGAUCCGAUUGCUUCACAGUUGUUUAAAAACAUAAAACAAUAUAUUGCUCCAUUACAAGUGUAACGGGAAUAAUCAUGAGUUGUGAAUUACUUGCAAAAACAAAUCGUACAGAACUUGCAACCACAGUACAGUACUUGCUAAUUAGGCAGCCUAUACACAAUCACCACAUUUCACAACUGCAUGAGCAGGCCAGACAAAACAGUUACAUGAAGCAUAUUUUUAGUGUGUUGACCACAGAGAUGAUUCCUGCCCUCUUUUCAGCAGGAAAGAAAGCAGUGGUUGGCUCCACCAGUUCUUUCAUAACAAAGGCAAAUUGGUUAUGUCACUGAAUUUGAUCAACUCCAGGCUAGAACUGUAAGGAGGAGACUUUUUGGAGUGUUCACUCCAUUGUGGGUUGUUUAGCUUUUAAAUAUAGGCAUCAAAGCAGGCAGUGUCUGCUACAUUUGAAAACCAAAAAAGUACCCUUGGCGUUUGGAAAUGUAGAUGGAGGUCACACUUGUCCAUACCACCUUUAGUCUUAUUAAAAUAAAGAAUGAUCUCUUUCUUGAAGGCACUGAAGAAAGGGGAAUCUACAGUUGAUUACAUCCUUGCACUCUUGCUUGAUUUUGGAAAUGUGCACAGUAGCUUUCAGCCCCUCCUAACCAUGCUACAGAAUUCAGGCUGCACAGUACUACAAGUGAAGAGCAGGUGCUCCAUUGAAGGGUAGAAACUGAAUGAUCCUUUUUGCAAUAGUUGGAAUGUCUAAGCGUUAUUAUGGCAGCUGUUGCCUGGAUGAAAAUAAUCCUUCCUGUUAGUGUUUAUAAAGGCUGGGCUUUGGUUUCUAAGCAUGAGAAUAGUUUCCAUUCUGGGGUAUCUGGGUUUUGUUUUUAUGAGGAGGAAGGGCAAAAUCUUAAAGCAGUUGUUAUGCUUGUCUGAGUUACAAUAUGACACCUGAUGCAUUUGUAAUACUUAAGACCGAAUAAUAUACAAUGCACUGGUGGAUCUGAGAUAAUAAAUUGUGGAUAACGACAUGAAUUUUAUUUGGCUUGUUUGCUAUGCACAUGCACACAAAACGGGUUUUGUUUACAGGGCAUCAUGUCAUCGUUAAAACUGAUUAAAUGUUGCUGCUGUCUCUGAUGACAUGCUUACAUUGUACACUUGAACUAAACAAUGUCUGAAGGUCUCGAUUUGCUGACCUACCAAAAACAUAUAUGGAUAUAUAUAAAACAACAGUGACAAAAUAAUCCCACAAUGAUACUUUGGUUUGUAUUGGGAUUCAAUUAUAUCAUAAAUCCUGGUGAUAAAGAUUAUCAAUGUCCUUUGAAUUUUUUUCUUGCCAAUUUACCAACAACUAAAACAAAUCCGGCAGGAAGGUAAAUGGUGUUUCUGUGCGCUGCUCUGGUUCGCCAGAAGCGGCUUAGUCAUGCUAGCCACAUGACCCGGAAGCUGUACGCCGGCUCCCUCGGCCAAUAAAGUGAGAUGAGCUCCGCAACCUCAGAGUCGUCCAUGACUGGACCUAAUGGUCAGGGGUCCCUUUACCUUUAAAACAAAUCCAUAUAUAGGAGAGAGCACAUUUGAGGGCCAGACAAAGCACAGAAUGGUUUCUAUGUUGUUGUGCUCCAUGAUACAAUUAGGCCCAUCAGUUGUAUUUAUCACCUUUUAUUUCCCUUUCUUUUUAGCAAAGGAAAGAAAUAGAAAGUCAUUUAUGGUAUUUUGUCUAUCAUUAGAACAGCUGACUAAUGGAACUCAGUUGUAGAAAGGCUGUGGAAUCUCCUUCAUUUUAAGGUAUUUAAUAAGAGCUGGAGGAAUGAUUCUCAGGUAUAGUGAACAUAGUUAGAAUUUGGACUAGGGGGCCAUAAACCAUCUGGCUUUGAUUCGGUAAGUUGGUGUACUAUUCGCAAAGAGAGUUUUGCAAUGUCUUGUUGGAGAGGGGUCAGGAAUUCUCUGAUACAUCUUUAUUGAUUGUUGGGAUCUAAAAGGUUUCUUAGAUUUACACAAGGGGAUUUGGUUAUCUCUGUAGAAUUCCCCACCACCACCACCAAAAAACAACAACCCAGUUUUAACCUGUGUUUGAAACACUUGUUUCAAAAGAAGGUUGGUAGGCCACUGUUUGAGUAAAAAACAAACCUAAUGACCUCUUAUACUCAUGGAGCUACUCACGUACUUUUGGGAUCACGCCCACCAUGUUUAAGAGAUAUUAUAUGGAUGAAUUGUAGCUGCUGCAAAAGCCUGUUAUUGGCUAAUCUGGAAAGAUUCAAGGCUACCCUUUCAGCCUGAAUUGGUUUGCUCAAAAUUAUUUAAUUUCUGACGUGUUUUUGAACUUUCCCCCCCAGGAAAAUCACCAGGAGAUGCUGCUGACUCUGCCCUAGAUUGCAUGAAAACUAGAGUCGGGGGAUUGGGUGGUGUCAUUGUGAUCAGCAAUUCAGGAGACUGGGCUGCACGAUGCUCCACCCAGGAGAUGUCCUGGGCUACAGUCAAGGAUGACCAACUGCACUAUGGCAUUCAUGCUGGGGAGUGGCACACACAACCUGCCGAAGAAGCUAUUGGCUCCCGGAGAUGCUAAGCAGAAGUGAAGGAAGUGGAAGUAACGCAGCACAAUCAAGAUUAUAGACCUUUGUCGGAAACUGAAUCUGUUGUCCCCUUUCUGAAAGGACCUUCUCACCAAAUUCCAGUUCAGAUAUUCACAGUGCUGGUCUUUUUGCAGCCAAGCUGAAAUCUAGAAGGAGACAUAGUGGGCUUAAGGAUGGCUUUUGUGAGCAUAUAUAAGCUAUCCAAAGGUUUGCUUUCUUAAUCACACAACCUAAUUGCAGAAAGUCACUAUGCACAUCCUCAGUGGGGUGUAUUUGAUGAGAUAUGCAGUCUUCACAAUGGCCAUUAUAUUGAAGGCAGCUUCUCCUAUAAUGUGAUUAUGCUUGGAAACCAGUGUCCAUGAUAGACCAAACGUAGUCUGGUGUCCCAGAUCACACUUUUGCUUUUAUCUUAUGUGCCCAUGUCACAGUCCUCUGUAUCCCUCCAUCACGCCUCCCUUGAACUGCUCACCUGGGCCCACUCACACCUCGCCUGCCUCUGUCUCUGUCCUCUGGAUCUCCCCUGAGCCAGUGUGGUGUAGUCCAUCAUGCCUCCCUUGAACUGCUCACCUGGGCCCACUCACACCUCGCCUGCCUCUGUCUCUGUCCUCUGGAUCUCCCCUGAGCCAGUGUGGUGUAGUGGUUAAGAGCAGUAGACUAAUAAUCUGGUGAACCGGGUUCGCGUCCCUGCUCCUCCACAUUCAGCUGCUGGGUGACGUUAGGCUUGUCACAUUUCUCUGAAGUCUCUCAGCCUCACUCACCUCACAGAGUGUUUGUUGUGGGGGAGGAAGGGAAAGGAGAUUGUUAGCCGCUUUGAGACUCCUUAGGGUAGUGAUAAAGUGAGAUGUCAAAUCCAAAGUCGUCGUCUUCUCUCCUACUCCUACCCACCUUUCCUGGGCCACUUGCCUAGGUCAUUAUCCUGCCCAUCUUCCAAUUCCCUCGCCUAGACCUGCAUCUCCAUCCUCUGGAUCCCUUCUACUCGCUUUGCCUUGGCCGUCCACCCUGCUGCUUGUAGUGCCACCUGUCUGUGGUGAAGUAAACUGCAGCAUAAUAACAACCAUAUGGUUUUAUAUACUGGAGGGAAAAUCUUAGAAUCUUAGAGUUGGAAGGGACCUUGAGGAUCAUCUAGUUCCACACUCUGUUCAUUUCAGGAGCAUUUGUUAUGUAAACUUUGAGAAGAACUGGGAUGAUCAUAACCAUAGGUUACUCCCAAAUGCUGUAACUGAAAUAUUAAGAAAUUUGCUUACAUUUUUUUCCUACUUAUAAUCAGUACAGAAAAGAAAGCAGGGACAUCAUAAUUCUCAUGUUUAGGGAAACAUGCGAAAGAAUUCAAAGUUUUGUUUUGAGAUAGCAGACUUUCAUUUGAUUGUAUGACAAGUCAAAGGCCAAGUCAAAUAAUAUGAUAGGUGUCUUUCUUGAAGUGGUAUAUUAAUUGCAAGAAUAAGCUGCUGUGCAUAAAGUUGCACUAGUGUUUAUAUGGUAAUAUGUUUUUUGAGGUAUUUAUAGAACCGAAAUAGAAAUUUACAGAGUGAAAUGUAUUUUCUCAUUAUAAUACUUACAAGGAAGAUGCUUCAUUUUUAGACAAGGUAUUUGUAAUUUAUCCCUUGCUUUUCCUUUUAUUCUUUUCAUACUAAUGUAAUUCAGUAAUUUAAGUCUUAUUUAGAUAUUGCCUUGAUCCCAUACCACGUUUUCCAUCUGGGAAAUAAUCAGUGCUAUGUUGAUGCACAACAUGUUCUUAUGAAAAUAAAUGCCAAUAAAAUCUAGUACAGUGUAUUUUAAAA